AAUCUGAACCCGUUGUUGACACAGACCAUCUCCCACACUCUUUUGAAAACCUUCACACAUAUUUGACGCAGCUACUAAGUGAGUCCUGAGUUACACAAUUCUUUCCUGCUCUCAGUUAUCGUCCGUAUAACGUUAAUGCUACAUCACCUCCACAAUGUAAGCCGGUUUCUCGACAAUGAAACGAUUACUAUUCACGUUUCUUCUCAUAUCCUCGAACAUCAUACUAAUUCAUGGAAACCUACAUAAGAAAUGUUGCGGAGACGGGCAAGAAAUUGUCGAAAAAAAUUCGCAAUUCACCUGUGAAAAAGUGCAGAAUGCGAGGCUUCAGGAAAAUUUCGAAAUUGAGGAUUUCCUGGCAAGGAAUAGACCCGGAACUUGUGUAGAAAUUUUUUCCGGUAAAACAGUGGCCACGUUCCAAGUGAAGAAUGACACGAAAAGUGUCGUCAAACUGGAGGAUCAUGGAGAGUUUUUCUUUCCCAAAUGUUGCCCCUUGGAUUACCGAUACAACACCACUACUCAUGCCUGCGAGAAAGAACCCGGAAACUCACUCGGCUUCUUGAAGAUGGAUUCUUUCGUUCGGGUAGGACUUCCGGAAUGCGAGAUCAUAUCGGACAAGAUCCUUGAGUCGCAGGAUGUGAAAAUGAACGGAAAAGAUUUGAUUUUGUUGAAGGAGAUGAGGAUACUCGAGGAAAAGUAUUGCGUCGAUUCUACAUUGGAUGGAAAACUAAUUGUGAGGAUCUGCGAAAGUGAUUACCAAAUUUGUAGUCAGAUUAUGUGUAUACACAAAUGUUGUCCAGACGGGCAGAGCUUCAUAAACGGUGCAAAUUGUCGAGAUACUUUCACUCAUGGGAUCGAUCUUACUUUAACAGAAGCUGUACUAUCUCCAUACGAUCCAUUUGUUCUAAUCCACGGCUUCAAACCACGAAUACAUCGCCUCUCACUGCAAAAGUACAACUACCACGUGGACAGAUUCGGAAUUUUCUCAGCAUACCAGAAUAAAACCGAAUCUUUCGACCAUUACGAAGUUUAUAAUCGUAGUUAUUGCAUAGAGCAUGCUUUAAAACACAAUAAUGAGAAAAUACUCCUUGAUCAAUAUCUUAUGUUCGCCGAAUCUAAGGAACCUCCGAUUGCUAUGAAGUUCUUCGUAACUAGAUGGAUCAAAGUGGUCUCUUGCUUCUUUUUGAUUUUGACCAUAUUGGUUUAUCUUUUGUUGCCGAAAAUGAGAAAUUUAUUCGGGAAAAUCCUCCUGAAUUAUUGCCUAUCAACAUUUUUAUUUUUCGCUUGUUUGGCAGUAUCCCAGUUUUAUUCCAGUGAUUUCAGCGAUGCCAUGUGCAGGGGCAUAGGUUUUCUGUCAAUACUUUCUAGUAUUUGGAGUUUCACUUGGUUGCACAUAAUGUGCAUUGAUAUAUGGUUUUCCUUCGGAACACCAAGAACCUUGUCAGGGCCUCUCCAGAAAAAAGAAUGGAAGAGAUUACUAUGCUACAGUUUGUAUGGAUGGGGAUUUCCAAUACUCUGGGUUGCAAUGAUAGCAGUACUCAGCGUCACAACCAUAAUGCCCGAAGCAAUGCAUCCUAUUAUUGGAAAAAGAAAAUGUUACUUGGAGAAUUCAGAUGGACGACCAGGGAAUUAUUCCUACAUUAUUUACGUGACUUUACCGUUGCUUAUACAGCAAAUCGUCAACACUAUCUUGUUCGUCAAAACCAUUCUAUAUUGCUUGAGGAUUAAAGCCGAUGUUGAAAGGAUGAACGAUUCAGAAAAGAGAACAGCACUGAACGCCAGCAAAGAAAGGUUGGGCUUGAUUAUGAAAUUGGCUGUGAUAAUGGGUGUUCUGUUUAUUUUUGAAACUGUGUCUUCAAUUCACAAUUUCCAGGGAAACAUUUUCACCACUUAUAUAGAGGUUGUCUGGGAUAGUAUCAACUGUCUGCAAGGUGUUUUUAUCUUCAUCAUCUUCAUCUGUAAAAAGAAGGUGUACAACAACAUUUGUGAUAAGAUUCCAAGGAUGAAAGCCAGGAAAAUUUCAGUAUCAUCAACUGUAACGACACAGGUUAGCAUGCAGACCGUCACUGGAACGAAGAAAUGAAGAAUAUCGGUACAAGAACCACUCUAUUUGAAUAUUUAUAUUUCACUCUACCUCUUGAAUACGAUUCUCGUACAAUUUGUGUAUUAUAAUUUAUGUGAUUUAUGUUUAAAGUAUAAAUUAAAGCUUAUUCAUAAAGAUAAA